AUGGAUUUUACUGCCUGCGUGAGCGCGUGUGUGCUCACUGCGGCGGCGGCGGCGGCGGCCGGGCCCUGCCCGGCCCGUGAGGCCCCCGCACGCUUCCGAGCCCCCGGGGUGUUGGGGGUUUUUCAGCCCUUCGCCCCCAGGGUGGGCUCCCCACAGCCCCCUUCCCCAGGGUCUCCCCUCCUGGCCCUCAAGCCCCUGCUCAUCUCUGGGCCAGUCAGGUGCACCUGUUGGGGGCUGGGGUCUUUCUGCCUCUGCUGGACCGGGGGCUGUGUGACAGGCCCUGUUGGAGGAAGCUGUGGGCCAUGGGGAUGCUCCUGCCUGGGCCCCUGGGAGCUGCCGCAGCCCUGGGGCUUCCAGAACAUUCACCGGGCUCUUGCCUCUGCAGAGGAAGCCAUCCCCGCAGUCUGCAAGACCAGAACGGUCAUUUAUGAGAUACCUCGGAGCCAGGUGGACCCCACGUCUGCCAACUUUCUGAUCUGGCCCCCGUGCGUGGAGGUGAAGCGCUGUACCGGCUGCUGCAACACCAGCAGUGUCAAGUGCCAACCGUCCCGCGUCCACCACCGGAGUGUCAAGGUGGCCAAGGUGGAGUACGUCAGGAAGAAGCCAAAGUUAAAAGAGGUGCAGGUGCGGCUGGAGGAGCACCUGGAAUGCACGUGCGCGAGCGCCAGCCCGAGCCCCGGCCACCGGGAAGAGGAGGCGGGAAGGCGUAGGGAGUCAGGUAAAAAACGGAAAAGAAAAAGGUUAAAACCCACCUAACGCGGUCCACCAGAUGUGAGGUGAGGAUCAGCCAGCAGCCCUUUUCCGGGACACGGAUGUACAUGGCGUGUUACAUUCCUGAACCUACUAUGUACGGUGCUUAUUGCCAGCGUGGUCUUUGUUCUCCUCCGUGAAAACUGUCUCCAUGCACACUCUGGAGAACAAAGAGACAGUAUACGUUGUUUAUGUGACAUCAAAGCAAGUAUUGUAGCACUCGGUGAAACAAUAAGAAGCUUCCUUGUCAAAAAAAAGAGAGCAAACAAAACCACGAAACAUGACAAACAAAACUCACUCACAAAAAUAUCUAAACAUUUGCCGGAAUGGAGGGACGCCCCGAGGGAUGGAAGUGACAGACGUCUCGGCAGACUGGAUCUCUUUCCAGGGUGGUCACAGGUGCUUUGGCCAAGGACACAGAGCCUGCUUUCUGAAGGCUGCGAUCGGAUGCCGCCGGGCUCUGCAGGGGCACGCAGGAGCCAGGAAUGUCUCGGAAACCACAUCUCCUUGCUGUAGUGUUUAAGUCUAUACAGAAACCUUCCUGAGAGCCUUAAGUGGAUUUUUUUUUACACCAUAAAGUGAUUAUUAAGCUUUCCUUUCUACUCUUUGCCUAGCUUUUUUUUUUUUUUUUUAAUUAUCUCUUGGGUGACAUUUACACCGAUAACACCAGGCUGCAGUAACAGUCAGGACGGUGGGACGGUACCUUUCCUAGCAGGAUGCAAACAAAUGAGAUGUAUUAAAAUAAACAUGGUAUACCCACCUAUGCAUCAUUUCCUAAAUGUUUCUGCCUUCACGUGUUUCUUCCUUGCCCCAUUUUACUCACUUUUUAAUUUAAGCCAUUUCGAGAGAACUGCGUGAACCAAUCACAUGCCGUCCCCAGGCCUCUUGCCCUGAGUCCCUCCCACCUGCUGCGGCCAGGCCUGGGGAUGUGGCUUUCCAGAGUGGCUGCAGGGUUGCUCCCUGCUGCUGCCGCUGGUGUUUGGACAGAACCUAAACUCUUUAUUUUUCGUAAGAUGUUACGCUUUACGUGUAUUCAACAGAAAUUAUGUGUGUGUGUUGUUUUUUUGAUUUUGUUUUUUUGUAAAGGUGAAGUUUGUAUUUUUGUCUAAUAUUACCAGUUUUAUAUA